CCUCUGCGUAGAGAAGACUGGAAAGUGAAGGCAUCUCACCAUGGUCAUCCAGCUCUACGUUGCGAUCUAUCUGUUUCUCCAAAGUAUGGCCCUAGGGGAGAUAUGUAUCACACAAGAUCCAGUAUUAAAUGUGUCCUAUUUGGAUAUUGCAAGAAUAAGCUGCCACUGGAACAGUGAUAAGGGUCAACAGUUCAGAGUUGUAUGGAGGAAGCAUAUUUCAAGUCCUGGAGAAGAGAAUGGGACCGAGUUAUGUUCUGUUUUGAGGACUGAGAACAGCAGCAAUUCAGAAAUAAGAAGUAAGAUAACUUGUAAUGCGACCAAUAAUUCUUCACUGCUGACCAUACAUGGGGUCACCAAGGAUGAUGGUGGGAAGUAUGUCUGUGAGGUUACUAGAGAAAUACCAACACUGAAGAAAGGAAGAGGGGACGGGACACAAUUAUAUGUCCAGGAUGAUAUUAGAGCGGUUUUCAUUCCAGAUAUCAAAUUUUUGUACCUGACCAUCCUUCUCAUUAUUCCCAUACUAAUAAGUGUGUGCUGCCUGUACUGCAAAAGGAAGAAGAAAAAAGAUGCCUUUUAUGAUCACAUAUAUGGAAAUGUUAAAAGAAACACAUCAAGGUCGAGUAAGCCGUCGACUUGCAAAAAAAGUAAAAGUUAUGCAAAGAAGACCUCAGCAUGAAACGUCCCCAUAGAAAAGUGUUUCCCUUACCAGGGUGUCCAGAUCCCCAAUUAGAGGUUCCCCAAAACACAUCACAACAGUGAAGGCAAACAGAUUUCAGCGGCUCAAAGAUGCUCUGAGCCAAAUGAUAGCACUGGACAAGAAUUAUAGCUUGUCUUACCCGCCAUAACUCCAGGCUUAUUUGAGGCAGGAGAGGCAUUAGAAGGGUGCAGAGGUAGCAUUCGCUACCGAGCCCAGGAGUCUGAGCGGGCCCAAAGAUCCUUGUGCCACACAAGAAGACACUGGUAUUAUAGAAAGUGCAUGCUGGGAGGGCUCUGUUAUAGAUUUUGCACUGGGGCCCAGAAUCUUUACGUUACACUUCUUGCCAUUUCAGUUUUUGCUUCAGGUAGCAGGAAGGCUAUGCUCCUCUGCCCCUGGCCACUAAGCACUGAGGGAAGGGAUCUCCAAGCUGAACUCUUGCACCGGGGCCCAUGUGCCUUUAGCUACGCCCCUGCAUGGAGCAAUUACUUGAACAUAAGCGACUCAGAGCUUCUGACUUCACAGCCUGUUCUGGGCAGGCUCGGACUGGCCCAGCCGGGAGACGGAUUCCUCGGUGGGCCCCCAGUCUCCUGCGCCCGAGAUAAGAUGGAGGAGUAAUUAUUUCUCCUUUCUCAGGAGAGAUAAAUAUUGUAACCACUAGGUGGCAGUAUUGCACGGUGAUGCAGCCUCCUACUGGUUUACAUUGUACAGGAAGCCCUGCAGUAUCUUCUAGACUUCUGGGGCUGCUGGCUGUGAAGGAGGAGAGAACAUGUCUGGCCAUCCUCCUGCCCUCCCUGCUGUCAGAAAACUGGCUGUUGGAGAGAAGGACUCCUCUGCGGUGCUGGGCUGAUUUCUCAGGUGUGUGACAGUAGUUACUUGUAGGAGACUGUAAGGGGAAAAUAGGGGAUUUGUUUAUAGCAGACACAGAUCUAUGAAUGUGUGCUGCUCUCUGCAGAGUUCAGAGUGGCAUUUGGGGGACUCUGCUCUAGGUCCCCUCAAUGCCUCUGCUUUAGGUGCACCCCCAUAAGUUCCCCAGCUCCAGAUGCCUCCCAAUGCCCCCACCCUAAAAGCACCCUUAAUAUUGAAUCUUCUUCAGUUGCCCCCUAAUACCCCUGCAGCUGCUCCAGGAUCCCCACUAUUACCUUGCCUCAGGCGACCCUAAUGCCUCUGCUUUAGGUGCACCCCCAUAAGUGCCUCAGCUCCAGAUGCCCCCACUCUAAAUGCACCACUAAUA